UCUGCUAUAGUUUGUCUCUUGUCUAUGGUCGUUCAUUACUCAGUUGUAUUUUGUACGUAAAAGUCGUGUCUGUUUUUGGAAUAUCAAUCAAAGAUGACCAUCCUUAAAAUAACUGAUGCUCGACCGCCGAUCGAAGAUAAUUCUCGGCCAAUUAAUAUCAAACUUCACCAACCCGAUGGCACAUACAUACAAUUUAUAGUCAGAAUAAAGACACCACUUGAAAAACUAAUGACAUCAUAUUGUGAAUCAUUUGAAAUGCCUGUGCUCAAUACCAGAUUUCAAUUUAAAGGAGUACCGAUUUCUGGGAACGAUACCCCCUUAUCUCUCAAAAUGGAAGAAAACGACAUUAUUGAUGCCAUUUAUAUUAAUUUUUAACUACCUAUUAAUUUAUAUUUAUU